AGAAACAAAAAAUGGCGUCGCCUUGUGAGAGGGAAUAGGAUUUCACUGUCACUGAUCUUCAUCUCGUAAAUCAGUCUUAUUGGUCGCAUCACAUCAUACAUGAUAGUUAAACUUGAGCCUAAAGUGAAGGAUAGUCUAGAACUCUAGAUGCUAGGACAAUAAUUCAGAGGUAACACUUGAUGUGAUUUGAGACGGUGAUUUUGCUGUGAAUUAAUGUCUCCGCAUCAUUCUGGAAGUAUAUUACAAGGAGGUGGAAUGUUUUAAUGAAUAAGUUAGCCCCUCUCAACGUGGAGUUGGAAAGACACAUCGCUCCUCAACCAGUGACAACAAACGCUCCCGGAAUAGAACAUUAUCUACCUCCAGCAAGACUGAUGAAACUUGACGAUCAAGAAUUGGACGAAGUAUCACCAAGUACAAAUGAUAUAUAUGGGUCUGGGUCUGCCAAACAGGCGUCAAAGACUCCUGCAACCGUCUCCAAUGUUGAGGUAGAAGAAGAGUUACAAAACUUAGAAGGCAACAAUCUUCCAGUAGCGGCAGCCACCAUGUCGAACGCAAACGGACGCCCUGUGUCCCGGGCGCGACCGGUGUCGAGAAUCAGCUUACACCACGGGCACAUUGACGCGGCAGUGGAAUAUGAAAUGAAUAAAUACAAGGACGAUUAUUCAGAAGACGCAAUGGAAAAGAGGGCUAAAGUCAUCAAAUCCGUCCCUGCUACCCUUGACAGAAGGCGAAGUAUAAGGAACAAGUAUGGAAAGGGUAAGCUGAAAGCGCUAUCUGGUUGGAAAGCCUUCAAAUAUAAUAUUGCAUUGAAAUGGAAACGAACAAAGGAGAACUUGUAUGACUUCAGGUUACGCUUUGAAGUAUGGCGCUCAUCACUCAAAGAAGUAGAAGGCAAGUUUGGGACAGCGGUGGUGUCGUACUUUGUCUUUCUCAAGUGGCUUCUGUUUCUCAACCUCUACAUCUUCUUCAUCAUGUUUGGUUUCAUCGUCAUCCCAGAAAUCAUCUUAGGAAACAACUACAGUCAGACAAGUACAUGUGAGGCAGCCUACACAGGGUCUAUAGAUACAAACUGUGUGGAUGAUGGUGAUGGAGUACAGUGUAUCUUAGACUUCUUAGAAGGAAGCGGUUGGAUGGAACAGACACCACUCUUCUAUGGUAACUACUCUCCAGAGUUCUUCCUAUCAGAUAACAGCACCAUCCCUAUCGAUCCAAACAUCUACAACCUUCCUCUGGCUUAUCUCUUAGCAACCAUCAGUUACUUCGUCAUCAGUCUCCUCAUGAUGGUCAACUAUACUGCUAAGGGUUUCAAGGAUGGUAUGGCUAAUAGAGAAGACACAUCUUACAAGUAUUGUAAUCAGGUGUUUGCAGGCUGGGAUUACUCUCUUACCGAUUUCAACAACUGCUAUCUCAAACAUCGUAGCAUUCACUAUGAGAUCACGACUGGUCUUGAGGAGGAGAGAUUAGCUCUGAAGCGUGCCAAGCGGACCACCAAACAGAAAUGCAAGCUGUAUUUCCUACGUAUCUUCCUCAAUCUCCUUGUACUACUGGUCUUGGCUGGAGCUGGUUACCUAAUCUACUUCACCACAGACUUUGCUGUUUUGAAUUCGAGCAAGCCAGUCACCACCGAUGCCUUUGCCUCACUCCUCAUAAGUUACCUGCCUUCUAUCACUAUCACCCUUCUCAACGGUGUCGUCCCUAUGAUCUUCAAUGUUGUUGUCAGGUUUGAAGAUUACAGUCCACAGUUUGAAAUCAGCAUUACCCUGAUCAGGACUGUCUUCUUGAGACUGGCUUCCUUGGUAGUUCUCUUCCUGUCUCUCUACCCUCAGAUCGUGUGCCCUAAUACAGCGACCCCACCUUGCGAUGUUUGCCCAAGUGACUUGAAGUGCUGGGAGACAUACAUAGGGAGAGAAUUCUACAAGUUGACAAUUACUGACUUUGCAGCUGUUGUACUGGUGAUUGUUUUAGUUGAGUUCCCUAGAAAACUUGCAGCCAAGUACUGUCACUGUGGGAUAGCCAAAGCUCUUGGUCAAAUGGAGUUUGAACUUCCUAAGAAUGUCCUGGCCAUUGUUUACUCUCAAGCUUUGUGCUGGGUUGGAUCCUUCUACAGCCCUCUCCUUCCAGCGAUCUGUGUGCUGAAAUGCUUUGUCUUCUUCUACUUCAAGAAAUGGAGUCUGUUAUACAACAUGGUGCCUUCCUCGCGUCCUUUCAGAGCGACUCGGUCUGGUAUCUUCUUUAUGGUCAUCCUCCUCGUCACGUUCCUCAUCUGCCUCAUUCCCAUCGGUUACUCCAUCUCAUCAAUAACACCAUCAUCAGGGUGUGGUCCUUUCCGCGGUCAUACAUCAAUGUGGGGAGAACUUGUUGAGACCAUUGAUGAAUGGGAUAACUUCUUCGAGCAAGUCUUUGAAUUCAUCGGUUCAGCAGCUUUCGUUGUUCCCCUCAUCAUUAUUCUACUACUUGUUCUUUACUACUACCAUGCUAUCUCAGCAGCUCACAAAGAGAUGGUACUUCUACUCAAAGAACAGCUCAUUAUGGAGGGGCGAGAUAAAAAUUUCCUCUUGGCGAGGCUGAACGAGCUUGACCCUGCAACCACCAAAGGUCACCAGAAAUCUCGGAGGAAGCAGAUCAUGAACCAGGAAGAGUCCCCGCCACGAAUAGCAUCUGAGGCAUGGAGUGAAGGAGGUCCAACAGGCAAGCAUCCAUUCGCUAUGUAACUAAGAGGAGAUUGGUGGUCCAACAGGCAAGCAUCCAUUCGCUAUGUAACUAAGAGGAGAUUCAAGGUCCAACCGGCAAGCAACCAUUCGCUAUGUAACUAAGAGGAGAUUCGAGGUCCAACCGGCAAGCAACCAUUCGCUAUGUAAUCAGAGAAGAUUGGUGCAGCAUUGUUGCAAGGAACUGGGACCAGUUUGACAAAGCCUUUUUUCAAUGACAAAUGACAAAAAUCAGUGACAAAUCUGUUGAUAACCAAUCAGAAGCAAGGAUUUCGGUAGCUUAUGACAAAAACGUUAAUUUGUCACUGAUGACAAGUUUUGUGAAAAGGGUCCCUGCCCUUAUGGUGCACUUUUGUAUGACGGAAUCUGGGGGGGGGGGGGGGGAGGAGGGGAGAUAUUUACUCGAGUUGACAUGGUUACCUUGGUGUCUCGUUAAUGCAGGAGUGGUAUGUGUAUGCAUUGAAAGAUUGAAUCAAUAUAUACUGCGCAGGGUACUUUUGAACAUUCAACAGGACAUGAUGCUAUAGCUGCCACAAAUGUUGACGGCAGCAACCAAGGGGAUGGAUGUUGAGUGAAAGGAUUCUAAAAAAUUAACUUUUGGAUUGGACAGAAAGUCACAUGACAUAUUUUAGAAAUGCUGUCCCUAAAUGAAUUUUAAAAAACAUACUUGGAUGAAAAUUCCUCUCUUGGUUAUUAAAAUAAUCGCCAUUUUAUCUGGAAAUUUUCCAGUUUUACCAAUGCAAUGUUUUAAGAGUGUAAUGAUUCAAGCAAGGGAGACUAUUUCUCCAAAAUUCCUACUAGUGUCCUCAAAGCGAGCUUCUGAGUUUGAAGGUGAUUGUGCAUGCAACAAACAGCUGUUAAUAGUGAUAUCUAUCUCCCAAAGUGCAACAUGAUGAUGUGUAAUAAAUGUAUGAUAUUGUACAGAAGAUUCUAUAUAUCUAAAUAUAUUUCUAGCAUCAAUAGAGAGGCAUUGUAUAUAUAUUCUUGCAUGUAGUGUGGUAUUGACAUCAAGAUCCAGCAAUGGGACUUACCUGUGUUAAAUUUUCAAUGUAUUUGUGUGUUUUUUAAUUUUUUAAAUGAUACUUCUAAUGGAUUUUUACCAAUAAGUCAAUGAGAUCUGACUUCUAGAGCGCAGAAAAAGUGAGAUUGACUUUUGAAAAAGUGAACAUGGUUAUUAUUUAAACAAACGAAAUCUGAAGAUACUAUAUUUACUAAUUCUGACAAUCCUUCUGUAUAUAUAUAUAUAUGAUGCUAAUUUAAUUCUAACUGUUUGUCAAGAAUACAUAAUUCAGUCAUGUAUGACAUAGAUAUGCAUGCAUGAAUAGUUAGUAACCUGCCCGUUUUUUUCAAAAUGUGACUAAAAUUUCUCGAAUAUUUACUGUGAUGUCAUUUUUUGUUGUUUAAAGGCUGCAAGGAUUUGGAAAACCAAUAUGUCUUCCUAGAGGUUGAUUUUUUAAAAAUGGGAUUUAUAGUUAAGAUGACAAGAAUAUGCCUGAAAAAGUAUAAAAAAUUCAUCAAUGUCAUUUGCAAAAGAAUAAGAACACUGCCUUAUGGAUCAUCCCAGUGUAGGGUGUGUAUGGUGCCUAAUUCAUACCUUAAUAAUCUUUGUGAAACAGAUUUUACAUUCUAAUGUUUUCCCUAUAUAUAUAUAUAUGCAUAGGAGAUAAAAACACAGCCUUGUAUACACCCUCUGCCUUCAGUGUAAUAUUGUAAAAGGUUUAGGGUAGCAGGGGUUCACCCUGAAUUGUUUUAAAACCAGAAACUGUUACGAAUUCUGAAGGACUGCCCUUUACCUCACCUAGAAACUCUUUUAAAUUGCAAUUUUGAAUUGAGUCAAUUGAAUUUUGGGUAUAAAACCUUUCCAACUUUUGUUACUGACUGUUAUUCGUGAGAGUUUUCAUGCUCGUGGAAGCUUGUGGACCUUUAGACUGUCAUCCGGGCAGCACAAGUAUUUAUGCAUGUCAAAAAUUAUAUCAAACAAGCAUACAGAAAGAGAAAGUAUGAUAAAUAGUUCUGGAGAGGGGUCACAUUCCCUAAACUUAAAACAGCUCUUGUAUCAAAUAAUAUUCACUUUAUACAUGUAUAAAUGACUCCUGCCUCUUUCGAUUAAGUCUUUCAUAUUUCUGAGCAAUGGAAUUAUAUUUCAGUCUUUCUCAAAUUUGCAAUUAAUUACACUUCACCUGAUGCCUUGUAUUAACUUGAAAUGAUUUGUUAUGAACUUUGAAUGUAAAAUAAUAUGAUGUAUCGUACAGAUGUUUGAUUGUAUACACUGGUACACGGGUGUAGUAAAAAAAUCAUCAUUAUGUUGCCUGUGAUGACAGUUUAAUAGCUCAUUUUCAAUGAAAAGCAACUAGGAAAUAUUCCUCAUUGCAUUACAUGCAUUUCAUCAAUCAACUGUGCAGAUUCUUUUUAUGAUGUACAUAAUGUGGUUGAUCUCUUAGCAUUACUACGAUAUAAACCCUAUCAUCUCACAUGCUUUCAGCGUUUGUCAUACAUGAAUAACGUACCCUUUUUUCUAGCAGAAAAUAAAUAUUUUUUUUAUGAAAAGGGUACCUGUAAUUGAUAUAGAAUGUAAUGUUGAAGAGACCAAGUUACUCUUUUGAAACUGGGUGAGUCAUUUGGGUGAAGAAAACUAUGAGAGAUGUAUAUUCAUGUUGGAUAACUUGUAUAUGUUUGAAUCGUCUAUUAUAAGUCAUGUAAAAAAGAGUGCUUUUUAUCUACCGUAUACCAAAUUUGAUUUGAAUCAGUAUUAUGGAUCAUCUUUCAAAUGCAUAUGUUUUGUCUUUCAUUUACAUGUAGAAUCUAGGGGUGGGUGCAAAAUGCUCACACAGAUGAAAGGUCCAUAGUCUACCCAAUACUGGUUUGAAGGAUGGCUAAAAGUUGAGUUUCAGGAAAAGAGUUGGGCUGAGAUCUGAUGUCUCCCUUUGUGUUUAAAGUGACUUCUGCCCGUGUUGGAUUUAACUGAAUUUGUAGAAUUCUGGCAAAAGUGUUUCUAAAUUGCAUUGUGUAAUUGGUACAGCUUUUCUGAAUAUAUCCCACCCGAUGCAUUUAAUGUUUUUAUUCUGUUACUGUUUAACGUUAAAAAAAAAAGACUUGCAUGGAAAUUCAUGGAGCGUAAGUAUGUUUUAUUUGUACAGUAUGCAACAAAAUUUGAGAACAUGCACUUGCAAAUGAUCUUUCUCUCUGGAAAUUAGAUGAGGUGCUCGGGGAAAGAAAAGAAGAGGGAAAUGUUACGAGUAGUUCAAUCUACAAGUGUUUCACAAGUCUUAUAUCAUAGAAUUAAACGAUUCUGGAAUGAAAAUGUGUGACCUAGUUUCUUUUGAAGAGGAUGAAUUUGAGGGCACGUCAGAGGUUUGUUGGAGACUGUGUUAAACCUUGAAGUUUUAUCGACUAGAAAGAUUUAGAUUGCAAGAUGAUUUUGUGAUACGUCAUGAUGCCCAUAGCAUGAUAGAUGCCAUCCACUUUCUUUGCGUUUGCCUUUUAUCAUUGUUAAUUUAUUUUCAUUUUAUAUAUACAUAUAUACUCUGUCAUGUAAAUAGGUUCUAUUGUUCAUCUUCAGCAUGCAUUAUAGAUGAGAAUGUUUUAUUUUCAAGACAAUUGUAAAUAUAUUGAAUGUAUUGAUAGAAAAAAAGAGCCUUUAUUGAAAAUUGCUACUUUUGUAAAGUAUUCAGAUAAUAAUUUGCUGUUUGGAGAGUGCUGUAAUACAUAUUGAGUGAUAUUAAAUGGUCUUUCAACAUUGAA